UUUUGCCUUUAUAAUACCAAUCUCGGACUUGGUUGCCUUGUCUCAGAUUCUGCUAAAGGAAAAUCUCUUUUUUUUUCUUCCACAUCGAAAAAAGCUUUAAUCUUUCUUCCAUCUCUCUUUCUCGUUCUCAGAUCUUGGAUUGACCGUACAGAUCGUUGACCUUUCUUCCUGAAAUCGGAAUCUGGGUUUCGCAUAAAAAUCAAACCUUUCUCCGGCCAGGAGCUCGAGACUAACAAUUUAAACAAAAAAGGUUGAGUCUUUGGAUUUGGGUAAUGAUGUUGUGAGCUAGUAUGGAACUGAUCGUCACACGAAAACAAGAAUAAAAAGAGAGAGAUGACGCUUUACAUUCGUCGCGAAUCUUCCAAGCUGUGGAAGAGAUUUUGCUCGGAGAUUACGACAGAGAUCGGUCUUCUCGCUGAGAACUGGAAGUACCUUGUCGCUGGUAUUAUCUGUCAGUACAUUCAUGGUUUAGCUGCUAAAGGAGUUCAUUAUAUUCAUCGCCCAGGACCUACUCUCCAGGAUCUUGGCUUCUUUCUUCUUCCGGAGCUUGGUCAAGAGAGAAGCUACAUAAGUGAGACUGUGUUUACUACUGUAUUUGUUUCGUUUUUCCUGUGGACUUUCCAUCCAUUCAUCCUGAAAAGCAAAAAGAUAUACACCGUCUUGAUAUGGUGCAGAGUUCUAGCAUUCUUAGUUGCCUGCCAGUUUCUCCGUGUUAUUACAUUCUAUUCAACUCAGCUUCCUGGCCCAAACUAUCACUGUCGUGAGGGCUCUAAAGUUGCCAGGAUGCCAUGGCCCAAAAACCCUCUCGAGGUUCUCGAGAUUAACCCUCAUGGGGUGAUGUACGGAUGUGGAGACCUGAUUUUCUCAUCGCAUAUGAUCUUCACGCUAGUCUUUGUCCUUACUUACCAGAAGUACGGCACUAAAAGGUUCAUAAAGCUGUUUGGUUGGCUCAUUGCUUUCGUGCAAAGCCUCUUGAUCAUUGCUUCCCGUAAACAUUACACUGUCGAUGUUGUUGUUGCAUGGUAUACUGUGAACUUGGUGGUAUUCUGUCUAGACAAGAAAUUGCCAGGUUUGAUCUCAGACAACCCUUCUUUCAUAGAAACGAAACACUUGUUGUCUUAAUCUUGGCAGGGACUUGGUUUUUUCUCAUAUCUUUUUGUUCAAAUGUAUGUACUUCAGAGUUACCAGAUCGGACCACGGUGUUGCUCCCUGUAAUCUCAAAGGACAGAACGAAAGAAGAGAACCACAAGCUGUUGAAUGGCAACGGUGUUGAUCCUGCUGACUGGGUAAGCAACCUGAGCCUCUUUUUGUUCUCAUUCUCAACCUGAAACAAACCACACGGUUUGAUCUUUAAUGCUCUUUAUCUUUGAUCAGAGACCAAGGGCUCAAGUGAAUGGGAAGAUAGAUAGCAAUGGAGUCCACACUGAUAACUCAAUGAAUGGUGCAUGAAACUCGCCACCAGACUUGGGGACAUGAUCUAUAUAUGUAUGAAACAGCUGAUCAAUGGGCGUCAUGAAGACGACCUGUUUGUUGGUCUUGAAGUUGGACUACUUGAAUUCUGUAAGGGUGGUAAAGUUUUGUUUUUGGUCAUUGUUCCAGAAAAGAAGAAUAUUCAUAGAGAGAAGUGGGGUCUAUGUUAUUUUGUAUAUUUAUCCAGUUACUUAUUCCCCAAGUAAUCAUCUUUUGUUGGAUCAUGUUUUUUUUUUUUUUUUUCAUUUUAUGCCAAUUUUGUUACUAGAAACUGUGUUGAUCUUUGAGACUUUGUUAUGCAUUGUUUACACCUUGCACAUUCGUUUUCAAUUUGGAAUACUAAUCAAACUAAUGUUUAUUAGUAUUCAUGUACUUGUGUUUGAGUUUUCAUUUCAUUUCUCUCUAAAUUUGUUCAGCAUAAACAUCGAUGUUAUUUGGUACAUUAGUGAGGUG